AUGUCAGCCAGUACUGCUCAACCACAAGUGGAGCCACCAUAUUCUCCAACUGAGAAAGCGUAUACUUAUAAAGAUUCAUUUCGUCAUUGGUGGAAUAAAUCAAAUCUAACCAAAUCGGAAGAAGAUGUGUUAUCAUUAUUACCAUUUUAUCCAGAUACUGACGGUAAAAGGGUUGCAAUAGUGGAAAAUGUUCCUAUAGAUUCUAAGAAUCAUAUUCAUGAAUUUAAUAUUAGAAAUGUUGAACUGGAAAAAGAUGGUUCAGUUAAUGAAGAUGAUCAUGUUGUGUUGAUUCACGGUUAUGGAGCCGCUUUAGGAUUUUUCUAUAAAAAUUUUGAUUCGAUAACUGAAAAGAAAGGUAUUAAUUUACAUGCUUUGGAUUUAUUAGGUUAUGGAUUAUCAUCACGUCCAAAAUUACCAAAAUUUAAAGAAGUUUCAUUAGAUGAUGUUACUAGAGUUGAAGAAUUUUUCAUUGAUUCAAUAGAAAAAUGGAGGGCAAAGAAGCAAAUCGAUAAAUUCAAACUGAUAGGACAUUCAUUUGGUGGUUAUUUAUCAAGUCUAUAUACAUUAAAAUACCCAGAACAUGUUUCAAAACUAAUUCUUAUAAGUCCAGUUGGUGUGGAGAGAAGUGCAUUUGAUUUAUCAGAAAACCCAACAAAUAAACCACAAUCAUCACCAUCAGUUGCAGUUGAAGGUCCAGAUAUUGAACAAGAAGUUGGUAUACAUCGUCAAAAGACAGAUGAACCAAUAAAUGAUAUGCCUACAUCCUCUAUACAUAAGAUUGAUGAGAAUGGUUAUGUACAAAGAUUACCAAAUUUACCAAAAUUUUUAUCAUUUUUAUGGGAACAUCAUAUUUCUCCAUUUACUGCUCUUAGAGUACUGGGGCCAUUAGGACCUCAUAUGAGUGCUAAUUGGUCAUUUAGAAGAUUUGGUAGCACCAUUGAUGAUCCUUCUGAAGUUAUGAAAUUACAUAUUUAUAGUUAUAACACAUUUGUUGCUAAAGGAAGUGGGGAACAUGCUUUAACAAGAGUUUUAGCUCCAGGAGCAUUAGCAAGACAUCCAUUAUUGAAUAGAUUACCAAAGAAUUUGAAAGUUGAUAGUUUGUUCUUGUAUGGUGAUAAAGAUUGGAUGAGUAAAGAAGCUGGACAUACAUUAGUUAAUGAGAUUAACAAAGAAGGUUUGGCCAAAUCUGACUAUGGAGUUAUUAGCAAUGCUGGACAUCAUGUUUACUUGGAUAAUCCUCAAGAUUUUAAAGACUCAGUAUAUAAAUUCUUUGGAUGGUGA